AUGGCCGGCAUCGGCAACGGCAACCUGGUGUCCUCGGGGAUCAACUAUGUCAUUAACGUCGUCAUGACCGUCCCGGCCCUGAUCUGGCUUGACCACUGGGGCCGACGCAUGCCCCUGCUCAUCGGCGCCUUCUUCAUGUGUCUCUGGCUGUGUGUCAACGCGGGUCUCUUUGCCGUGUACUCGCGGCCUGCACGCCCCGGCGAGUUCCCGUCCGACGCCGAGUCGAUGGCCAUCUCCGGACCCGCAGCCAAGGCCGUCAUCGCGAGCACGUACCUGUUUGUCGCGUCGUACGCUCCCACCUGGGGCCCCGUGUCGUGGACAUACCCCCCAGAGCUGUACCCGCUGCGCCUGCGAGGCAAGGCUGUCGCCCUGGCCACCAGCGGCAACUGGGCCUUCAACUUCGCGCUGGCGUACUUUGUGCCGCCCGCGUUCAAGAACAUCACGUGGCAGACGUAUGUCCUGUUCGCCGUGUUCUGCUUCGCCAUGUUCUGGCACGUCUUCUUCCUCUUCCCCGAGACCGCCAACAAGACCCUCGAGGAGGUCCAAGCCAUCUUUGACGACACCAGGCCCGGUGCGAUCCGCUUCAUCGGUACUCCGGCCUGGAAGACUCACAAUGUGCGCCACGAGACCAUCCUGAAGGAGAGGAACGAGCUGGGAGAUGAGGAGAAGAUCACAGCCAUGGCGGCCCAUGAGGAUGAGCCUCGAAGGGAUGUUGUUGAGCACAAGGACUAG